AUGGCUCCACCAAAGAAGGAGACGUCGAUCCAGUUAUGCCAACGGGCAACCUCUCAGGGCAACACCAUUUCCAUUCGCAUGCUCGAGUACCUUGGCACGUCCAAGCAUGCCAUUCCAAGAUUCGAGACCCUUGCCCACGAAUUCAUCGAGCUUUGCCGAUUGCUCUGGUCUAUCGAGGCUGGGCUCAUAGAAUCCUCCAAGAAACCACGCAAUGCCAUCCCCGUUGAGGUCACUCAGGAACUAGACAGGCGGUUUCGUCAAGUCAGCGACGAGUUCACAGUACUGCAGCAAAUGGUGGUCAAGUUCGUGGACAACGACGCUGGAAAGGGCGGUGGUUUUGGGCGACGCUUCCGCAUGAUGUUUGCAGACACUGAUGUUGACAAGAUGCGUACAACUCUGUCAAAAAGCCGGGAUUCGCUCAAAGUUAGCUCGGCUAUGUUCCGCUGGACGAUUGGCGAUGCCCGGGCAGAUGCUACCAUGGGCAUUGGCUACGCUGGCCUGAUCGCUGCUCUUGAGCGCAUAAGCCCCAGCAAGGCCUCUUCUCUGCCACCAAUUGGCCCUCCACCAGAAACGCGCCUUCCUAGUCCCCCGGUCAAGGACGUAUUACACCACUCUGAAUCUCUCCUGCCCCCGAGUCGUCUUGCCGACAGGCCAUCACUAAACGACCUACGAUUCACAGCUGGCAGCAUACAAUCCUACAACGCUGAUUCCCGGUCAUAUGCGGGGGAGAGGUCGUUACGCCACGAUGAUGAUCUCGGUUUAUCCCCUGGCAUUGUUGACCUGCACAAGAAUUGGAGAGCGCCAAGCGUGCGCUCAAGCGACACCACAGGCUCCGUCAGAGACACAAUCUACAAAAAUAACACAAAUCCUGCCAGACACCACUCAGAGCCGGUCUACGAGGACUUAUCAUCCGAGGAUUCUCACCGAUCAAGGAUGUUGAUGGAAGAAAAGAUGAACGACCUCAGCGUUCAUGAGCGAUACAUGCACGAGAGUACGCAUAAGUACGACCCUUCCAGACUAGAUUCUCCCAUGGCACCAUCAUGGUCACCGCGCCACCACGCGGCAUCGAAGGCAUCAGGUGGCAGGUCUGCCAUUGUGAACGCCGUGGAGCAGAGGAAGCAUCGAACUCUCGAGCAGUUGCUGGACGGUGGCGCGAGGGCAGAGCCUCAGGUCGAGGCUGGUAUGCUCCGAACAGCAGCUCAGAACCGCGACAUCGAAAGUUUAGCGUUGAUGCUGCAGUACGGAAUGGACGUCAACGGUUUCGAUAGAGAAGGAGUCACUCCACUCUUCGCCGCUACACUGGCAUCCUGCUUCGAGAGUGCAAAGAUGCUUCUCAAGCAGGGCGCUGAUGCCAAUCUAUCCGCUGGUCCCAACUCUGAAUCUCCCUUGUCUUUGGCUGCAAGCGAGAACCAGAUCGAUUUUGUUCAGUUGUACCUCAGCAACGGCGGGGAUGUCAACAUGAUCAUGGAUAACGGAUCUACCACGCUUGUCCAGGCCAUGAACAAGAUCGUCUCGCCAAAACUUGUUGAGCUGCUGCUCACUUCAGGCGGUGACGCAAAUGCGAAAACCGGUGAGGGAACAACGGCUCUCUUUCAAGCUAUCCAGGCAAAUCGUGUGGACCUCAUGACUGUGCUGCUCGAUCAUGGCGCCAAUCCCAACUUGCCUGGUCCCAAGCAUCCGCUCUGGCCGUCAACCUACAAGCCGAAAUGCCUCCAGCUUCUCCUUGCUCGUGGAGCUGACACCAAGAAGACACCUGGUGUUAUGGAACUGGCGUCAAGUUUGAAGAAGCUUGAAUCUGUCAAAAUUCUUGUUGAAGCUGGAGUAUCACCUAACCUGAAGAAAGACGGCGUUUACACACCACUCUGCUCAGCUAUUCGUGAUGACACUCCUGAGAUUGUCGCUUACCUCCUCGAAAACGGUGCGGAUCCUAACCUGAACGCCGCGGAAUACCCUGCGUUCAAGUGUAUCACUCACAAGCGUAUCUACUUCCUGCCUCAGCUCGUUGCCGCUGGGGUCGAUCUGAACACACCAAAGGGCAUCAUGGAGACAGCUGUUCAGUUCAACGACAAGGACGCUAUGGUGUUUUUGUUCGACCAUAACGUCAACCCUAAUGACCGCACACCCGAGGGCAACACAGCUCUUACAACCGCGAUCCGAGAGGGCCGCGGCGACCUGGUCGAUCUUCUUCUCUCCCGUGGUGCAGACCCGACCGUUCGUGGCCAAGAUUGGCCUCUCUGCAUGGCUGUCAAGCAGCCCUCUAUCCUCAAGAGAAUGCUGGCUUCCACACCGAACCCCCGUGCUUUCCGUGGAGUCGUCGAAAUGGCUGUCGUAGCCAACCAACUCGAGUCCAUCAAGCUUCUCCUCGCAGCCGGCGUCAGCGUUGAAGACAAGAACUGCGGUGUUUUCUCGCCUCUCACUACCGCCAUCCGGGAAGACCGUAACGACAUCGUCCGCUACCUGCUCGAUGUCGCCAACGCCGACGUCAACGCCCCCGGCGAGCAUCUCCCCAUCGUCAAAGCCCUGCGCAGGUACCAUGGCGACGCUGAGAUCCUCACCAUGCUGCUCUCCCGCGGCGCAGACAUCAACAAGAUGCACCGUGGCUGGAACGCCAUCCUACAAGCCGUUGAGAACGGUGAUGCCAAGAUCCUCAAGCUGCUCAUCGACAUGGGCGGUUCAGUUGAUCUGCAGGCCCUCGAUGAGAAUGGGAGGCCUGUCAUUGAUAUCGUGAGCGAGAGAGGUUGGGAAGAGGGUCUCGCGCUGUUGUUCCCCAAUGCUACGACGCCGGCGCAAAAAGCUAGGCAGUAG